UCGGCUCUAAGUGCUGGACACUGACCACAGCGGGCAGCCGAAGGGUCAGGCAAGCCUUGGAGAAGGGUCUGGGUCACCCUCUGCGCUCUGCCCUGCAGACAUGCAGGGAAAACAGCCCGAGGGGCAGCAGAUGGAGGAAGGGGCAGCUGAGAACGGAGCUGAGGAGGACCUGGGGGGUCUCACAGUGGAGGAGCUGCAGCAAGGCCAGGAGGCGGCGCUGGCCCUGGAAGACAUGCUGGCCCUGAGCGCCCAGACCCUGGUCCAGGCUGAGGUGGACGAGCUCUACCAGCAAGUGCGCCCCCUGGGCCAGGGCCGCUUCGGCCGGGUCCUGCUGGUCACCCACCGGCAGAAAGGCACGCCCCUGGCGCUGAAGCAGCUCCCGAAGACCUCCACUUCCCUCCGCGGCUUCCUGUACGAGUUCUGCGUGGGCCUCUCGCUGGGCACGCACCCGGCCGUGGUGGCGGCCUAUGGCAUCGCCAUCGAGUCCGCCGACUCCUACAGCUUCCUGACCGAGCCCGUCCUGCACGGGGACCUCAUCACCCUCAUCCAGCCCAAGGUGGGCCUCCCGCAUUCCGCAGCCCAGCGCUGCGCGGCCCAGCUGGCCUCCGCCCUGGAGUACAUUCACUCCCACGGCCUGGUGUACCGCGACAUCAAGCCCGAGAACGUGCUGGUGUGCGACCCGGACUGCCGGCGGGUGAAGCUCACCGACUUCGGCCACACGCGGCCCCGCGGGACGCUGCUCCGCCUGACCGGGCCGCCCAUCCCCUACACGGCCCCCGAGCUCUGCGCGCCCCCGCCCCUGCCCGAGGGCCUGCCCAUCCAGCCUGCCCUGGACGCUUGGGCGCUGGGGGUCCUGCUGUUCUGCCUUCUCACCGGCUACUUCCCCUGGGACCAGCCCCUGGCCGAGGCCGACCCCUUUUACGAGGACUUCCUCCUCUGGCAGACCUCGGGCCAGCCGGAGGACCGGCCCCAGCCCUGGGUGGGCCUGACGCCGGCCGCAGACACCCUCCUGUGGGGGCUGCUGGACCCCCACCCCCGCAAGAGGAGCUCUGUGACCUCCGUCCAGGGCUACCUGGGACGGCCCUGGAGGCAGCGGGACGGGGAGGCUGAAGAGGUGGACGAGGGGGGUGGGAAGGGUGGGGAGUGAGAAGGGCAGGGGCAGCCGGGCCCACACUUGCCCCGGAGGCUUGGAGGGGAAACCCAGUCCCACAUCCCGAGGUCUCCUGGGCAUUCCCGUGGCGGCCUUGGGCUUCUCUCCUGCCUGGUUUGGUUUCUGUCUCUUUGCUUUUCCCUUUCUG